AUGUGGGUUCCCAUAUACUUCAAGGGUGAAUUUUGGGCGGCCAUGAGGAGUACGCAAAGGAGUGAGAGCAUGCACACAUUCUACGGUGGAUUCUUACAUAGCAAGACUAGCUUGGUUCAACUUGUUCACGAAUAUGACAAUGUGCUUGGAGUCAAAGAGCAGAGGGAAUUGGAGGAUGAUGCUGCGGACUUGGGGGGAGUUUCUGUAGUUGAUGAACAGGGUCCAUUGGUCUGGAUGAAGAUGGAAGAGGAGAAACUAGUCAACGAUACUAUUCUAUACGUUCCGUACGAUGUUUACUUUGACCGUUCCACACAGGAGGUUCAUUGUGAAUGCAAUCUUUUCGAGAGUUUAGGUGUGUUGUGCUGUCACUGUCUUGAAGUUUUCCAUUCGUAUAAAGUGUACAAAGUACCUACCUGUUAUGUUCUCCCUCGAUGGAGCAAGAAAAUAAAGCGCAAGCAUAGGUAUGUCAAAAGUAGCCAUGAUGUCAGUCGGUCGGAUGAGAGUCAUGUUGCUUUUAGGGGACUGUGUGCACACUUCUAUAAUGUUGCUAAAGAGUUCGUCGGGGACGAUGACGAAACAGCAUUGCUGCAUGCUGCUAUGGAAGAAAUAAGGGCCAAGUUGGCUGCGCACCGUGCCAAGAAGAGGUCCGAGAGUGUGUCAGAGACCCAGACCAGCUUUGGCUCACAGAGUUUGAAUGUUGUCAAUAUUGAUAACAUCCAAGGCCCAUCGAAGGUCACCACAAAAGGUAGGCCAAAGAGUAAACGGGUCAGCGCUGCCCUUGAGAAGCCCUUCAAGAAUUCAUCUCGAAGGAAUCACAAGAAUUCAACCCCGUACUAUGCAAGAACGUAA